UGGUGCUGACACGCAGAAGCCGGGGGUGAAGUGUGUCGCGUUUUUGUUUAUUUUGUAUUUUCUUUAAAGCUUAAGGUUGUCGUUAUUUUGGUUUUAGAAGUUAUUUUAGUCCCUGGAUGCUUUCUCUCUGAUUUGUCUUGGUUGGGCCUUCAUUGCUUCGUGUACCUCGUCUCACGCGUCGCUGUUUUGAGUCGACAGUGUUUGACAGUCGCUCUCACGGUGAGCCAAGUAGCGUUUGGUUAGCCAUCGAGCUAGUUAGCCCUCUAGUUCGCUAUUUAUUGCUAGUUACCAUUAUUAGUAACGGGUAAACCAUUCGGAGGGUGGUUGACAAGAGGUAGCUAACGUUAGCGAGCAAGCCGCAUAUCUGCAUUUCGUCAAUGGGCUCAUGAUAACCCAUGAGCGUGUCAUCGAUUGUGUUGUAGCUAACGUUAGCUAGUUGAAUGAGCAGCUGUGAGCUGACACCUGGUUGACAGCUACAGACAGAAGAAAAGGCUAACUUGCUUGCUGCGUAUUGUUGUCAGUGUGAGCUGUCCAUUUAAACAUUCGGGAACUCGGCACUGCACCAGCUACCCACGCUCACGUUAGCCUGUCUGUGUACAAGCAGUAGGCAACGUUAGCUGCCUUUCGACUCGAAACAACUCCUCGUCAAAGAAGAAGCUUUCAUCUAGAGAAGACUCACUCUUAACGCGGUCCUGGCUGGAGGAGCUCUCAUCAACAUGCUGCUGCACUGAGACACACGCGCGCAUAUACUGACGGACGGACGGACGGAUAGACCCACUCACCUGGUGUCUCCCGUCUCGGCUGUUUUCUCCCCCCCCUCUAUAUGGAACGUGCUAUGGAAUACCCUCGCCCAGCGGAGCGGCACAGUCCUCCUCUGUAGAGCCCUCUCCUGGGAACACACUCCAUAAGGAAUCAGCGCAGAACAGCUGACCUCCUAGUCAGUCUCUGAGUCCCUCCUACCCUCCCCUUGAGAGGAUGUCCGUGAGCCUGGCUGGGGAGGACAUCCAGGCGGAGGGGGAUAUUGGAAGUAGUGGAGCGUUCGAUGAUGACUUGAUGAUGAAGCUCUCCCCAUCCCCUGAACCUUGCCAGGGACAGGAGGGUGCUGGGGGCACCGGGGAGGGCAUGGAGGCAGAGGAGAGCGCCACACAGGACUCACAGAGGCGUACUCAGAACCACGGCCAUGGCAGGAAAAGGGCCAGGUCCAAUGCCAAGCUGAAGCUGGUGAGGAGCCUGGCGGUGUGUGAGGAGUCAUCAGGUCCGUUCUGUACUGACGGACCUCCAGACAUUAUCCAGCUCCACAUCAGCUGUCCCUCAGACAAGGAGGAGGAGAAGUCUUCUAAGGAUGACUAUGAGAACGAGGAUGAGAAGGAGAAGAAGGACAGGACUCCACGCAAGAUGUUGUCACGAGACUCCAGCCAGGAGUACACAGACUCCACCGGCAUCGACGUGCACGACUUCCUGGUCAACACACUGAAAAACAACCCCAGGGAUCGAAUGAUGCUGCUGAAACUAGAACAAGAUAUCCUGGAGUUCAUUAAUGACGACAAUAACCAGUACAAGAAGUUCCCCCAGAUGACAUCGUACCACCGCAUGCUGCUGCACCGUGUAGCGGCCUACUUUGGCAUGGACCACAACGUAGACCAGACUGGCAAGGCCGUCAUCAUUAACAAGACUGGCAACACACGCAUCCCAGAGCAGAGGUUCUCAGAGCACAUCAAGGAUGAGAGGAACACGGAUUUCCAGAAGAAGUUUAUCCUCAAGAGAGACGACGCCAGUAUGGACAAGGACGAUAAUCAGAUCCGCGUGCCGCUGUCGGACGGGCGGCGCAGCAAAUCGAUAGAGGAGAGGGAGGAGGAGUAUCAGAGAGUACGAGACCGGAUCUUUUCCCGAGAAUCCUCUCAAAAUGGAUACAUCAACGACAACAGACUUUCCCCUGAAGGCUACUCCUCUACCUCUCAAAAGAGGAGGCAGAUCUUUCGGGGUAACCUUGAGAGCUCCAGCCGUGCGUCCAGCAGUCGUCAGAGCAGCACUGACAGUGAUAUGAAGUGCCUGGAACCAAGACCCUGGAGCAGCACAGACUCCGAUAGUUCAAACAGGACCCUGCGGCCCCCGGUCACCAAGGCAUCCAGCUUCUCUGGCAUCUCCAUUCUGACCAGAGGAGAUAGUCUGGGCAGCAACAAGAGCUCUCAGGGCAGCUGUAGGGGCUCACGCACUGGACUCCCACUGGUGAGUCCAGACAUGUGUCCCCAGCCCCCAGUCCCCCAGCCUGGCCCCUGCCCCGGGGGUCGCAGUCUGCUGCCCUGCCCCUCCCAGGUCCAGCCCCAGCCCCCCCAGACCGCCCUACUGCCCACCCCACAGCAACACCCCAUGGGCAACUAUAACCAUAACCACAUGACUCAGGGUGAGGAGCUGGCUCCCCACUUCAGCCAGAUGACUCUGAGUCGACAGAGUUCCAGCGAGGCCCCGGAGCCCCCCGCCAUAUACCAGACCCAGGGAACCACUGUCCUCACCCAACACCCCCCACCCCAGGCGGGCUAUAUCAUGGCCACCACGGCCCAGCCCCUGGCCCCUCAGUCUGGCUACCAGCCUAACACCAGACACCUCCAUCAUCCUCCUCCUCCUCCUCCACCCCCUCCCUCCCAGACCAUCAUGCAGCCCCCACCACCGCCGCAGGGGUACAUGCAGCCGUCUCCCCCUCAACAGAUAUCUUACCCCAGCACAGGGCAGCAGUACCCCAGCCCUGGGCAGCAGUACCCCAGCACAGGGCAGCAGUACCCCAGCACAGGGCAACAGUACCCCAGCCCUGGGCAGCAGUACCCCAGCACAGGGCAGCAGUACCCCAGCACAGGGCAGCAGUACCCCAGCACAGGGCAGCAGUACCCCAGCACAGGGCAGCAGUACCCCAGCACAGGGCAGCAGUACCCCAGCACAGGGCCACAGUACCCCAGCACAGGGCCACAGUACCCCAGCACAGGGCAACAGUACCCCAGCCCUGGGCAGCAGUACCCCAGCACAGGGCAACAGUACCGGCCUGGACCCAUGUCUCACCAGGUGUCCUACCCUGCCCAGCCCAUGCCCCAGCCCAUGGCUCAGCCCACACAGCAGUCUGCUCUCCAGACCAUGAUGCCCAGCCAGCAGCCCCAGUACCAGGGAAUGAUAGGAGUACCCCAGCAGCCCCAGAACCAGGCUCUCCUCACCUCCCAGGGGCAGGGCAUGCAUGGACAGGUGACGGCCAUGAUGGUCCAGUACCCACAGAUGCCCUCAUAUCAGGUCCCUGUGGCCAGUGACUCUCAACAGGUGAUCCAGCACCAGCAGUACCAGCAGCAGGUCAUGGUGCCAGUCAGCCAGUCUCUACAGACUGUCCAGGGGCCCAUGCCCGUAUACUACAGCGUCAUCACCCCCACACAACAGAACAGCACAAGUCCAUCAGUAGGGUACCUGCAGCCCAGCUCAGAGCAGUACCAGAUGAGGCCGUCUACUUCUCCCUGCAACCCUCCACAGAUGCAGCAGCAAUAUUCAGGGGUGGCUCCCCCGCAGCCUGGGGUGAUGGUCAUGCAGCUUAGUGUCCCCAACGGACCCCAGCCUACCCACAACCCUCCUCUGGUACAGUGGAACCCCUGCAAAUACUACAGCCUAGAGCAGAGACCCAGUAAGCCUGGAGACCUCUACAAAUCUGACAACACACAGCAGACGAGUACACAGAUGCAGAGCAGUCCCCUGUCCUCCCCCACCCAGUCUCCUACCCCCUCCCCCUCAGGCAGCGUGAGCAGUGUCUGUCCAGGCCUCGGCCCUCUGCCCCUACUGUCACAGUUCCCCCGGCCCGGACCAGGGCCCGUACAAGGUGACGGGUGCUACUCUCUGUUGGGCCAGCCUCUCCAGUACAGCCUCUGUCCCUCUCCUCUCAUCCACAGCCAGACCAAUUACAGCUCACAUCAGGGCCAAGUAGGAAUGAAGCAUGGGGCGAGAGGGAAGAGACAGACACUGAAGUCUCAAUCUACAGACCUGGGGACCACUGACGUCGUGGUGAGUCGGGUGCUGGAGGUGACAGAUCUCCCAGAGGGCAUCAGUCGCCCUGAGGCCGAGAAGCUCUUCAACCAGCUGUCCAUGUGCGGUGCGAAGAUCCAGUGGCUCAAGGACCCAGUGGUGGGGGGCCGUGGAGGCUACUGUGGCCCAGGAGGGCAUCACGGUCCUGGGGUUGGGAUGGGGCCUGGAGGGGGGAAGGGCGACGGCCGCGGCAGCGACCCGGCUCACCUCUACACGGUGGUGGCUGUGUUCCCUUCCACCAUGGCUGCACAGAGUGCUUCCUUCAAACUCAACAACAGUGGGGCGAGCCUCUUCAAACUGAGGGCCGCCAAAAAGAACUAUGACCUAAGAGUGCUGGAGAGGGCCAGCUCCCAGUGAAAAGAAAGUAGAGAAGGGACUUUUGAAAAGUAGGAGUGGUAAGGAGUUGGACUGAGGGGACUAAACAGUUUGGACGGACAGGAAAGUGGGACAAGACGUCACACGUUAAGGGGAACAGGUGAACACAGAACACAAACUGAGAAGAUGGUGUUUGCAAAAUAUGAAAAUAUAUUUUCAUUUUCAAUUGUUUUGUUUUAUAUUAUUGAUACCUAAAGAGCACAUAAGAUACGUGAGCAUGUGGAUCACUGUUGCUGUGUAUUUGUGCUAACCCACGUCCAUGCACAGACAGGCAACAGGGUCACGUGGUGCUCCUGAACACACUGGACAGUCAACUUCAGUCCAUCCUUCCCUUCGCUCUCCUCCAGACUUCCUCCUCUUGCUCUCUUGCUCUCUAACUCUCUAACUCUCUAACUCUCUAGCUCUCUAACUCUCUAACUCUCUA